AUGAAAACCUCAUCCCGAAGGAGGUCUCGUGGACUGUGUCAACCUGAACUUCGUAUAAAAGCCAAACGGCUGCAGUGCAACAUGAUUUAUUCGUCCUUUUCUGGUGACUGUCGACGCGGUCAAUCUCUUGUUGUCAACGCAAUUAACGAGGGCCGACAAGCAGCUCGCCAGGUAGACUUUGAUCUGACUGGUAGCACAUUUCUUCCUGGACCUGGCGGCCUUGUUCGUAGCAUGGGAGUUACGACUGUUGCAUAA